AUGGAAGAUCUUAAAGCUGCUUCUGCUAAACUUGAUGAUUAUAAAGCAGAAGUAAAAGAUCCAUUAGAGGAUUUUAAUGUAGGAACAGAGGAAGAUCCUAGAAUUCUUCAUGUAUGUGCUACUUUACCUGAUGAAAUGAAGGAUUGUUUGAAGUACUUGUUGUCAGAAUUCAAGGAUUGCUUUGCUUGGGAUUAUCCUGAUAUGCCUGGUUUGAAUAGAUCACUAGUUGAACAUAAAAUUCCUAUUAAAGAGGACUUUGUCCCAUAUCAACAGAUUCCAAGACAGAUGACACCUGAAGUUCAAAAAGAAGUAAAGAAAGAAAUGGAACGAUUAUUUAAGGCCAAAUUUAUUAGGCCUGUUAAGUAUGUUGAAUGGAUUUCAAAUAUUGUUCCUGUAAUCAAGAAAAAUGGUAAGGUUAGAAUAUGCAUUGAUUUUAGGAAUUUGAAUACAGCAUCACCAAAAGAUGAGUAUCACAUGCCUGUUGUAGACCAUCUAGUGGAUGCAACCGCAGGCUAUCGAUUUCUUUCCUUUAUGGAUGGUUAUUCUGGAUAUAACCAAAUAUUUAUUGCAGAGGAAGAUACACACAAAACUGCAUUUAGAUGUCCAGGAUAUAUUGGAUUAUUUGAAUGGAUUGUUAUGGCGUUUGGAUUAAAGAAUGCAGGAGCAACUUAUCAAAGAACAAUGAAUGUGAUUUUUCAUGACCUAAUUGGAAGGUUUAUGGAAGUUUAUAUUGAUGAUAUAGUGGUAAAAUCACAUACAUUUGAUGAGCAUGUAGACUAUUUAAGACAAGUCUUGGUGAGAAUGAGACUAUAUAAGCUGAAAAUGAAUGCAAUGAAAUGUGCUUUUGGAGUUACUGCUGGAAAUUUUUUGGGAUUUCUGGUUCAUAAGAAAGGGAUUGAGGUUGAUAAAGAUAAAGCAAAAGCUAUAAUAGAAGCACAGCCUCCAACAAAUAAACAGGAACUCCAACAGUUUCUAGGACAGGUAAAUUUUCUUAGGCGAUUUAUCUCCAAUUUGUCUGGAAAAACUCUUGCUUUUUCCCCACUCUUAAAGUUAAAAUCUCAGAAAGAUUUUAAAUGGGAAGGAGAACAUCAGAAGGCAUUUGAGUUUUUAAAGCAAUCGUUGGUAAGGCCUCCUGUUUUGAUGCCACCAAUAAAUGGAAAACCUUUAAAAUUAUACAUCUCAGCAGGACACCAGUCGAUUGGUUGUCUUUUGGCUCAAGAUAAUGAAAAUGGCCAUGAACAAGCCAUAUAUUAUCUUAGUAGGAGAUUAAAUGAAUGUGAGAUAAAAUACAAGCCUAUUGAGAAGCUAUGCUUGACAUUAUACUUUUCUGCCACCAAGCUAAGAUGUUACAUGUUACCAUCGACGGUAUAUGUGAUUGCACAAACGGACGUCAUCAAAUAUAUGUUAACAAGGCCCAUAUUAAGAGAAAAGGAUGAAUUUGAGAUACAUAUGGUUGAAAUAAAACCAUGGAAGUUGUCAUUCGAUGGCUCCAAGACUGACAGAGGAGUUGGAGCAGGCGUAGUUUUUACAUCCCCAAAAGGAGAAUUCUUACAGUUUUCUUUUCAGUUAGAUGAAAACAGGAUUCUGACCAAUAAUCAAGCUGAGAGAUUCACAAUUGGUAAUUCGAUAGAUAACAGAUUGGAGAAUAGUGAUGCUAAUCAGAUGGCACAAAUUGCUUCUGGAAUUAGGAUUCCAGAAGGGCAAAGUGAAAAAUUAAUAAAGGUCCAAAAGAGAUUCUUGCCUUUCUCUAUUGAAAGAGAUAGCAAUGAUUUUGAUGUUAUGGAAAUAAAUCUGGUUGAUGAUUGGAGGGUUCCAAUAAGGAAAUUUCUAGAGAACCCAAAGGAGAAAACAGACAGAAAUAUAAAGCAAAGGGCCAUAAACUAUGUUAUAGUAGGCAAUGAUUUGUUCAAAAAAUCUUCAGAUGAAGUAUUAUUGCUGUGUAUUGAUAAAUCCCAAGCAAUGACGGUUAUGGGUGAAGUUCAUGAGGGAACUUGUGGUUCUCACCAGUCUGGAGAGAGAAUGAAAUGGGGAUGGGCAAUUGAUAUGAUUGGAGAAAUAGUUCCUCAUUCUUCUCAACAGCAUGAGUAUGUAAUGGUGGCUACGGAUUAUUUUACAAAAUGGACAGAAGCUAUCCCAUUGAAGAAUGUAGCGCAGAAACAAGUAAUUGAUUUCAUUGAGGAGCAUAUUUUCUGUCGAUUUGGUAUUCCUGAGACAAUCACAGUUGACCAAGCAUCUGUGUUCAAUGGUCAUGAAGUAAUGACUUAUGUUAACUCAUAUGGAGUUAAAAUCUUGAAUUCUUCUCCUUAUUAUGCCCAAGCAAAUGGGACUUCAAAAAGGGAGAGCACCAGGGCUACACCAUAUGAGUUAGUAUAUGGCCAAGCCGCAGUUUUACCCGUCGAAGUUAAUAUUAUAUCUCACAGAGUGGCUAAGCAUUAUGGCCCAAACAAUAUGGAUUUUGAGGAAGCAAUGUAUCAAGAAUUAGAUGGACUGGAAGAAUCCAGAAUAGAUGCUUUAAACAACAUACAAGCACAGAAAAGGAAUUUAGAAAGAGUCUACAAUAAAAGAGUCCAUGAGAAAUCAUUUGCAGAAGGUGAUUUGGUUUGGAAAGCAAUUUUGCCUUUAGAUAAGAAAAAGAAAGGAUACUUUGGUAAAUGGUCUCCAAAUUGGGAGGGACCAUUUCGUGUGUUAAAAGUUCUAAGAGGUGGUGCUUAUCAGUUAGAAUCUAUUCUUGGAAGUGUCCAUGAAAGAACAAUCAAUGGAAAGUAUUUAAAGGCAUAUUUUCCAUCCCCUUGGGAGUUAAUUGACGAAUGA